UAGUGAUCAGUGAACGAACUAAGUGGGAAACACUUGAAUAAGUUUUAACGUAUAUCACAGCCGGAAGGAACAAAACUCUGAAGAAAUGAAAAGGUCAAGAAGUUUUCAAAUGUUUACAACGUUUCUUUUGUUGGUGUUUUUCGUAUCGCCGUCCUCCACUUGGGCACUCACCACUUUUGGUAAAACCAACCCGCAGAACCAAAAUCAAAACCCUCCGCCACCGCCUACACCAGUUGGAAAAGCUCGUGAAUGUAAAUUAGAGUCUGAUUGCGCUGGUAUUCAAAAUACAACAUGUAUAGCAGACGCACGAGAUGGAAGAACACGUUGUCUGUGCGGAGACUAUUCCGCACCACUUAAUGGCGCGUGUACCAAUAAAUUCAAAGCAUUACGUUCUACGUGUACCGAUGAUUCUGAAUGCAUCGAUGGUGCACACUGCAUACAACGGAAUACUACUAUAUCCGGGAAACGUUGCUAUUGUCAAGAAGGAUAUUACGAGGAGAGCCCUUUGCUUUGCAGUGGUAGCGCAUCUACUCUUACGUUUCACACAGCAAUUCUCUUAGUUACUUUAAGUCUCAUGAAAGAAACCUUCAGUUCCUCAUAA